AUGUCUGAUAGGUGCGGUACUAUUUUACAGCUACCCGUUGAAUUAUUACGUGAUGAAAUAUUUGCUAAAUAUUUGGAAUGUAAUUUUAUAAUCACCAAAUGUUCACUCGUUUGCAAAAAUUGGUUGCAAAUUUCAGCCGAUUGUAAAUUAAUUAUUGAUGUGAAAAAGAACUGUCAAAGUUUUGCAAAAUAUUGUCAGAGUCAACGAUUAUUGAAUAUUGUUGGAUUUAGCUCGACUGAUAAUUCAUCUUUGGGAAUUUUUGUAAAAUAUUGUACAGAUUUUCAAAGAUUGAAGAGUUUGAAUUUGUUUUUUUGCCUGAAAGAAUGUUUUGAGCACAUUUCCAAGUUCACUAAUUUAGAAAUGCUAUCUAUUACUCAAUCUGACUUUGAAAAUGCACUUUGGAUUGGAAAUUUCACUCAAUUGACCUAUUUGAAUUUGAAUGGUAAUUUUGUUGGAAGAUCUGGAUGUGAAAAUAUUCGAAACUGUCAAUCAAUAAUGGAAUUGAAUCUUUCCAAUAAUGAUUUACAAGAUGAUGCUUGUGUCUACCUCUCCGAAUUGAAGAAUUUGAAAAUUUUGCUAGUUGAGAAUAAUGACAUUGGUGAGAAUGGUUGUGAAUCUCUUUCUCGAAUUGAAACUCUAACGAAACUGAAUAUUAGUCGAAAUCAUAUUCAUGAUGAUGGAUUCAGUAAUAUUUGCAAAUUGUCUAACUUGACGCAUUUGCAUGCAUCUUGUUGUUUGAUUGGAUCUGUUUCAAAUUUAACAAACUUGAACAAAUUGAUUGAAUUAGAGCUGAGUGGAAAUUUAAUUGACAAUGAAGGCGUGAAGGUAAUUUCUGAAAUGCAGAAUUUGAGAAUAUUGAAUUUGGUAAAUAGUUAUAUGCAUAUUAGUGAUGAUGCAGUUCACUAUCUGACCAAAUUAGUUAACUUAGAGUUAUUGGAUUUAAGUGAAAAUUCACUGAAUAUUGAAGAUAUUGAUUGUUUAAAGAGUUUACCACGACUGAGAGAAGUAAAAAUUCUAACUCGGCAUAAGUAUUUCUAA